AGAGUCGCACCUUCUCACGCCAACCAACAAAAUGACAACUGGAAACAAUGAUUUCUACUAUUCAAACAAAUACGAAGAUGAUGAGUUCGAGUACCGUCACGUUCAUGUCACCAAGGAUGUUUCCAAGCUUAUCCCAAAAAAUCGAUUGAUGUCCGAAACAGAGUGGAGAAGUCUUGGAAUUCAACAGUCCCCAGGAUGGAUGCACUACAUGAUUCACGGACCCGAGCGUCACGUGCUUCUUUUCCGCAGACCAUUGGCAGCUACACAAAAAACCGGAGGAAAUGUUCGUUCUGGAAAUGCUGUUGGAGUUCGCUAAUACUGUUCAAAUCCACAUUUCACAUAUAUGGAUCUCUAGCUCCCUUCCCAUUCUUUUUUCCAAAUUCUCGUUUUCCUUUUCGUUCUCCUUACACACGAAACUUGUUCAAGAUAUGUAAAAUGUUAUUAUUUUUAUCCUCUUCCAUCAUCAGCUCUCCAUUCACUUUUUCUCGUUCUUAACGUGUUUUAAUUCAAUUCAAAUCCAAUUUGAUAAGACGACAACGGGAGCCACCUCUAAAUCAAUCUGAAAUAUUUGUAAAAUGGUCCCCCACUCGCCACUCUUUUUAAUUUUCGCCAAUAUUCAAUUUGGUCCUUUUUACAAAUAUAUUUAACGACGUAUUCGUGUUUUUAUAUAUAAAUAAACACUGACCUGCAUGG